UUCAUUUUAGCUGUGGUUGGAGAUGGGUUCAUUGCCCAGGACAUUACAUUCCAAAACACUGCCGGUCCAACAAGCGGCCAAGCCGUGGCACUCCGGUCCGGUUCAGAUCUCUCUGUUUUUUACAAAUGUGGCUUUGAGGGGAACCAAGACACCCUCUAUGUGUACUCUGACAGACAAUUCUAUAGGGAAUGUGACAUCUAUGGAACUGUUGACUUUAUUUUUGGCAAUGCUGCUGUGGUUUUCCAAAAUUGUAACAUUUAUGUUCACAACCACAAAACCAACACUGUCACUGCUCAGGGCCGGUCCGAUCCGAACCAAAAUACAGGAAUUUCUAUUCACAAUUGUAGGGUUACAGCUGCUUCGGAUUUAAAAUCAGUUCAAAGUUCGGUUAAGACAUACCUAGGGAGGCCAUGGAGGGAGUAUUCUCGUACCGUGUUCAUGAAGACAUACCUUGAUAGCUUAAUUGACCCAGCUGGUUGGAUGGAAUGGAGUGGUAACUUUGCCUUGAAGACUUUGUAUUAUGGUGAGUACAUGAACACAGGCCCUGGUUCAUCCACUUCAAACAGGGUUAAAUGGGCAGGUUACCAUGUCAUUACAAGUACCUCCGAGGCUUCCAAAUUUACUGUUGGGAACUUCAUUGCGGGUAAUUCUUGGUUGCCAGCCACCAAUGUGCCUUUCACCUCUGGUCUAUGAUUAAUUACUGUUAUUUUUUGAAACAUAAAUAAAUUGAUUGUUGCC